UGCAUAGUUUAAAAGAUGCCUCAGCGGUUUCUGGUAGUUCGAUGGAAUCAAAAACUUUCGAGUAAUCUGCACGACAGCGAUUCCUACUGCAAAUUAUUGCCACUACAGUCAAGAUGCAUCUGCAUACGCAAGUCGUCUUGAUAUUAACCCAGCUGUUCCUCAUUGUACGCGUGACGGAUCAGACAAAAUGUGCCCUAACGUCCUCGUACGGUACCGUUUCGGUGAGCUAUUUCGCGACGUUACCGUUGUCCGCCCUAGAAACGGGCGCCGAAGACACCGACGUCGAUGCCGACGUUGGCCACCACCGGAUCGACCUGACGCCGCUGGUACCGACGGCGGACUCGCCGCCUCAAUCCGACUAUCCAACCUACAAUGAUGACACCGAAGAUGUAAAUAGCUUUCUAAAGGUGCUGAGCUGUUCCGACACGAGCUUGCGGGCCGUGAACGAGGAGUAUCUGCGACCGGUCGACUCGUACAAGGGCAUCCUGCUCGAGCGCGUUCCGGUGCAAAACCCUUCCGCAGACCAUCUGGCGCUGAAGAACGAAAACUAUCUCGAGAUAGUGCGCUGGCGCGAUAGCAACGUAACCGAGCAGCAGAUGGCCUUGACUUUUGCCCGGGACGAGCGGAAGUUCAGCAACCUGCUGAUACUAGACCUAAGCGCAAACUUACUUAGCACGAUAAGGAGAGACUAUUUUAGCAGACUGGAGCGGCUCAAGCUGCUGCAGCUAUCCGCGAAUCAAUUACACAAUCUUCCGAGUGAUAUUUUCAAUGAUCUGUCGAACCUGGUCGAGCUAGACCUGCACGGUAAUCGGCUCGGCGAGCUGCCCCUGCAUCUAUUUCGGCCGCUCGGCAAGCUGCGGGUGUUGAAUCUCGCGAACAAUACGAUCCACGAUCUUCCGCGGAACAGUUUCACCGGGCUGGGUAACCUGACCGAGCUGCAUCUGGCACAUAACCGCCUGUACGUGGUACCGUUCCAGGUGUUCAAAGAGCUGCGUUCGCUCGAAGUGCUGGAUCUGUCCAGCAACAUGCUCGUCUCGUUCCUGGACAACUUUUUCCUGCUCAACAAGCAGCUGCGCGUGCUGCGGCUGAACGGAAACAUCAUCGAAAAGAUCUCCAAGAACGCACUGUACGGGUUGCGCCGGUUACAAUCGCUCGAUCUAUCCAGCAACAAGCUGGUGUUUAUCGAUCGCAACGCGUUCGACACGCUGGACGAGCUGCGCUACCUAAAUGUAAAUCAAAAUCAAAUCUACAUCCUGCCGUCGACAGUGUUUUCGGCCCUCCGAUCGCUGCGAUCGCUAGAUCUGAGCAACAACCUGAUGCGUUCGUUGACGAACUCAAUCUUCGCCAACCAGCACAGCCUUGUACGACUGCACCUGGACGCGACUAACCUGGAAUCGCUCAGCAACUGGGUGUCACGUAACAAUCACACGGUCAACAAGGAAAUUCUGCGCAACCUGCGCUAUUUAUCCAUACGCAACAACACCCGACUGAAGGAGAUCGAACCGUGCGUGUUCCGGAAUGUGCCGAACCUGGAAACGCUGCUCCUUUCGAACAAUAGACUGACAAGCCUGCCGAAGGAAAUUGGGGAGCUGCGCAGGUUGCGCUACCUGGACGUCGGCAGUAACGACAUCAUGUACAUCCCGGAGCAAAUUCGUACACUGCACGAGCUGCAGUACGCGAACUUCCUGGACAACGAUUACGGUUGUGAUUGCCACAUGUACUGGAUCCUGGGCUGGAUCGAUGAGCUGCAGGCGGAAAACAACACGCAGAAAAUUUACGAUCUUCUGCGGCUGUCCGAGUUGAAGUGUCGCAAUGGAUAUCCGGGCGACAUUGUGCGUGUGCUGCAGCACAUAAGCUGCUUCAAGCCGGAACUGCUGCAGGCUUCCGAUAGUAGGAUGCAUCUGCUUAAGUCGGACGCUGUGCUGGAGUGUGUGUUUACCGGCAAUCCACCGCCGGACAUAAUCUGGAUAACGCCCAAAAAUGAAAUCUUGCGCCACAGUCAGGAGCAGGAUCAAAAGUCGCUGCUGUUCGAUUCGGACGAUGAUUCGGGCAAUGGUGGCGGAAGCCGGAAGUAUCAGCAAGCGGUAGAAUUUCAGAUGCUUACGAUGGACAACGUAACGGGUGAUGGGCUACACGAAGGGAUAACGUUGCUUGAGAAUGGGUUCCUGCGAAUUCAUAAUAUUUCCCGGCGCGAUAGUGGACUGUACACGUGCUACGCUAUUAAUAUCAUGGGGAAUGCAACGGCUGAUAUUCGUCUCUACAUCGAUCCGAUCGUGUUCUACCGUGUUAAGAUAGGUAGCAUCAUUACCGGUGCAAUCUCGGCCGCAUCCUUUCUGGCGCUAACACUAAUCUUCCAAGGCAUUCGACGCAUUUUCAUCCGCUUCCGGAUCAUCGAUCUGAUCUGCCAGAAUUGUUGCAGUUACUGUUACAAAAAUGAUAAAACAUCCUCCAAGGCGCGUCAGAUCUACGCCAUGCUUGACAACAUCGAACACUACAAGAGCCAACAGCUGGAGCGUUUACGGGAUAACUACACGCAACAGGUCCAUCGUAUCAAGGACAACUGUGCCCAGCAGGUUGACUGGAUACAGAGCAGCUACUCGACCCAGGCGAAACAUUUGCGAGAAAUUCGUGACAUCGGUACACAUCAUAUCACUACACUUCGCGAUCAGUACUACGAUCAGGUACGCCGUGUACGCGACUAUUCCACUGGUCAGCUGACCUGGGUACGGGAGAACUACGUGUUCCAGCGUAACAAAAUCCGAAAGUUCAGUGCCCACCAGGCGCUCCGGCUGCGCGAAGGUUACAAGUACCAGCAGCAAACACUCAACAAGGUGCUGGAAAAUUUGCCCAGCUUCUACUUCGAGAACUGCCGCGGUCGCAACGAAGAGGAUGAAGAUUUUGAUGGCUUUGAAGUGUAUCUGAAGGCAAAGAUCGAGAAGCUAUCCCAGAUGGAAGGCAACGAAAUUAACCCCCCAUCGAAGGUGUUGAGUUCCGACUAUGCGCUCAAAUAUUUGGAAAACUUUUCCACCAAGAGCGUGGACGAGAGUAAAGCGUCGGUGUACUUUACACCGAACGAUGACGAUCAUGCCAGCCCGGAACCACAGAUUUCUCCGAUCCACAUCAACUAUCUUAACGGGCGACCAGCGCUAGAAGAUGACGAAGAGGAGGAUGAAGGGCCAAUGUCUGCCAGCAAGCUGCAUUUCGGCGCGGCGCUGCUAGCUAGCGGAGAUACACCGAAAUCCUUUAAAUCUAUUAUCGGUGGUGGUGGUAGUUCGAUCGGUGGAGCUAGUGCGGACAUUCCGUUAAAAUCGAUCAUGAAACCAACCACCCGGUUUAUGUACGACAAGCAUCUCGGGAAGUAUCGGCUGUGCCAUCAGCAACCGAACCGAUUAAGCGGUGGGUAUGCCAAUGAGGACGAUCUUUCCGUUCCGGAUCUUGGUGUAGGAAUUGUCGGUGGCCCGUUGCUGAUGGAUGUUGGGUCCGUGAAAGGUGGUGGGUACGAUGGAGCUGCUGCGCUGCAUUACAACGAUGGACUGGAUGGUGGUGGAGUGGAUUCGGCCGAAGACGAUCAUCACAACUACAGCCUUAAGAACAAUCGCAAACAUCGACGUAAGAGAAAAAUCUUGCUCGGAUGCAAGGCUACACCGUUGAACGGUAACUCCAGUGGUGGUGGUGGUAGCGGUUCCGGAAGUGGUGGAUCCGGUUCGGCGAGUGCCUGCGAGUAUGAGACGUUGCUGAUGAAAAAUUUGAGCCACGAUCCGCGCGAAUCACACUACAAAAUCAUACACAUUAACAAGCUGAACAAUGGUGUGAGUAAUAGCAACUACUUUGGUGGUAUGCUGAGUUCGGCUCCUGCGUGUGGUAGCGGAUGGAUGGCGGGACGUGCCGUUAGCCGCAGACAUCAUCGUCCGACGGCAGCAGCGAUGUCGGCUGCAGCGGCGGCAGUAGCUACAUCCUCCCUGACAGGCGAUAACGACUAUUACUACUCGCUGGAGGAUAUGAUACAGGACAGCAAUCAGAAAAUUCGCCAGCUGAUCUACAACUCGAAGAUUGACAUUAUGAAUGAAGUGAUCAAUACCGGAGGAGGAAGAAGUGAAACCAGAUGUGCGAUGGGUGCACGGGGACGCAACAGUGCCGGCGAAAAUAGCAAGAGCAUCAACAAUAUCGACGGUGCAGGAAGCUCGGGUAUUGGUGGUGGAAGAGGAAGUGGACGAGGCGCGACAAAUGGUGGCGGUCCGGGCGGGGCACAGAGUAUGGUAGGGCUGGCACACGGUAGCAACAUUCCGAACGAUGAGUAUGAUAUGUGCUGCAGUAGCAGCAGCAGCAGCCGGAACAACAGCUGCAGCACCAGCACCAAUGCUAGCCGGGACAGUUACAAGACAGAUAACAACCACCGCCAACAUCAGCGUCCAUCGACGACGCCGGCGGAAACGAUGGUAACGCUUGGACGGGCGGGAACUUCAUCCGGUUCACCACCGACCGGUGCACCGACCACAAUUUCGCUCGCAAUGACACAAAGCGGAACAGGCGGUGCAGGCUGCGGAGGAGGAGGUGGUGGUGCAGCUGGUGGCUCAAAUCAUCAUCCGGUGAAAAAGAUCCAUCAGCUACACUUUGAUUCGAGCACGAAUCGCAUCCAGCAGAGUACCAGCUUACCGGAGAUUUAUUUCGAUUCAUCAGCGAACCGGAUGAAUGGAGCGUCCUCGUCAAUGGCUGAUCCGGGUCCACCGGGUACUAUGGGUUCACCGAACCCAAGCGGUUCUACCAUUUCGUCCGCCUUUUCUAGCGCUUCCGGUUCGCUCGGACGGCCGGAACCGGAACCGCAACAGCCGACGAAGGUACACGGUGGUAAACAUGUGAUUUUAGCGGUAGAAAACAAGGAAAGUGCCACCGCCGGCGUUAGUGGUAGUGGGACGGGAUCGAACAAAAGUUGGCAGCAACAGUCGUCGACCAUCGAAAUGAAUGGCGGUGGUGGUGUUGGUGCUGCUGCGGCUGGUUCGUCAAAGUCCUCCUCUCCAUCGCCACCUGCAUCGUCGUCCGUGUCCCCAUCGCCACCAGCGUCGCCUAUCGAGUCAAAUAUCAAUAUUAAUGAUAAUAGUAGUAUUUGUAGCAGUACGAAAAGCAAGCAUUAGUAGACCGAAUGUGAUUGUUCGUGUUUU